AUGACAGCCGAAACCUCCGUACCGCUCGAGAAAGAGCGCCAUAUCAAGUACUGGCAGCGGUGCCACAAGACGUUCCUCCCGCACCAGUACACGAGCCACGACAGCACGCGCAUGGCCCUGAGCUUCUUCAUCAUCGCCGCCCUCGACAUCCUCUCACCGUCCUCCCCCUCCUCAGCGCACCUCCUCACCACCGCCGAUCGAACGAAUGCCCGAAACUUCGUCCUCAAUCUUCAACACCCCGACGGCGGUUUCUGCGGUUCCGCCACCCACGCCCUGCCGAAGGACCUGUACGCUGGAUGGGAUUUCGAAAAGGGCGUGCUCAAGGCGCGGCACUCGAGCUCCGCCAAUGUCGCGGCUACGUACUUUGCGCUUCUCAUCUUGGCCAUGGUCGCUGACGGGUCGGAGGGUGCCAAAACUGCGUUCGCGGGCGUCGACAGGGUGAAGACGCUGCGCUGGUUGAAGAGGUUACAGAGGUCCGAGGGCAGCUUUGGCGAGUUGGUGAUGGAUGACGGACAGAUCGAGGGCGGGAGGGACAUGCGCCUUUGCUAUCUCGCCGCCGCGAUACGGUGGAUGCUGAGAGGAGACAUACGAGAGGGGGACCCGGAUUGGGUGGAGGAUAUCGACGUCGAGGGGUUGGUUGGGCAUAUUCGUCGAGGACAAACGUAUGAUGGUGGACUUGCUGAGAGCUCGCAACUGGAGUCUCAUGCUGGCUACGCGUACUGUGCGGUAAGCGCACUUUACCUGCUCGACAGACCGUCAUCGCAGGGGCCAUCCCCGUACCGCAGCGCAGCCGUCGAAAGAGGCAUCGUGGAUGUGCCGCUGCUGGUCAAGUUCCUCGCAUAUCGCCAGUUCGAGUACUUGGAGAGGGACGAGGAAUCAGACGACCCCGACACGGCCAACUUUCUCCUACCGGAGACGCUGGGUCAGCUGUCGAUAGACGACAACAUGCGCUUCGUAGGGUUCAACGGACGGUGUAACAAGGUCGCGGAUACGUGCUAUUGUUGGUGGGUGGGCGGAACAUUACAGAUGCUGGGCCACGUUGAUCUCAUCGAUGACUUGCCUUCCCGGCGUUUCCUGAUGAGUAAGACGCAACACCUAAUCGGUGGAUUCUCCAAGUACCCCGGAGGACCACCCGAUAUCUACCACGGCUACCUCGGGCUGGCGGCGCUGGCGACCAUGGGAGAUUCGACUUUGAAACCGUUUGAUGCUUCGUUGUGCGCAACUAAUGAGACUGUUGACAAGAUUGCGAUUGCAAGAAAGAGCCUUAUGGAUUCAAGGCAUCCAUAA